GCGGUUGUGGGUGUCCAAGGAGACGGAGCGCACGCCGAGCCCGCCUCCUCCCCGCCGGGCCGCCGCCGCCAUGAUGAUGCUGGGCCGCGGGCUGGACGCCAGGGACAAUCAAACGAGACAAAUACAAGAUGCUGUUUCAAAUGUGGAAAAACAUUUUGGAGAAUUGUGCCAAAUAUUUGCUGGAUAUGUACGUAAAACUGCCAGACUACGAGACAAAGCAGAUCUUCUAGUAAAUGAAAUAUAUGCAUAUGCAGCCACAGAGACACCAAACUUAAAAGUUGGACUGAAAAACUUUGCAGAUGAAUUUUCCAGACUUCAGGAUUAUCGCCAGGCAGAGGUUGACAGGCUUGAAGCCAAAGUUGUUGAACCUCUGAAAAGUUACGGCACUAUAGUGAAACUGAAAAGGGUAAGUCAAACGUGCUGUCUCUCACAAAGUGCUCUGUGGGGUUCUGGCCACCUCAUUGAAAAAUUCUACUUUGUGAUGGGGGAAUGGUUGUGAUUCUUUGUGUGUGUGUGUGUGUGUGUGUGUGUGUGCGUUGCACUAACCAGUGUAACUGAAAGGUUAUAUAAGAAUGCAUCUGGAUUGAAGCUAUCUACAUGAUGGAGGAAAAAUGUACUGACUUAAAGGAUGGAAGCAAAUAUUACUUGUAUGUCUGUGUAUUACAUAAAUCUUACCUUCAGCUUGUAAACAAGUCUGUAAUUGACGUGUAUAUCUUUAUCAGAGCCCAUGUGAAUAGAAAAGUCAAAUGGUGAAUACUAUUGUUUUACAUACAAAAACACCAGAAGUGUUUUUGUUGUGGUUAAUCUGAGCACACUGUGGCACUGCAUCUCAGACUGCAGUAUUUUUCAUACGUUUUUGUUCUCGCAUUACUUCCAUAUGGUGAUGAAUCAAGCACAGUGUUUGCUAUAUUGUUCAGCUAUCUCUUGGCAUUAUGAAGAUAUACCCUGCGCUCUAUUGGUCCUUGGAAAGCCAGUAGACUAUGGGGUCUGGAUUCUAGAGUUUAAUAUCUAAAUAGUCACAGUGAAGCACAGUUGGUAAGACCUAGAACUUGUCUGAGUAUUCUGUGCGUUGUAAAUACUGAAGGUGAGAGACCAGUUUCUUUGCAAUGCUGUUAGCACAGACAUGAGAAGACAUGCAGAACACUGCACCAGUGCUUGGCACUUGGGAAGCCUUGAAGUACUGCCUUAGGGAAUCCUGCACUGCCACUGACAGCCAGUACAUGUUGGGUAUGAACCAGCUGAAGCCAGGUCAUGCCUUGGCACAACCAAUGGCAUUUCCUGUCAUCUUUGCCGCUCAAUGCUAUAAAGCAUUAUAUAAUGUUUAUCACAGAAUCACAGAAUUAUCAAGGUUGGAAAAGACCUAGAAGAUCAUCUAGUCCAACCAUUACCAAUACUUCCCGGC